AUGGAUGUCCUUCCCACGCAGGCCUCGUCUGUCCCUUCCGAACGAGUUUUCUCGUCCAGCAAAGAGACAUGCACAGAUCGGCAUGCUAACCUCUCACCAACUGUUCUCGAAGCUUUACAAGUACUCAAGUUCUCUUAUAAGCAAGACCGGCUGAACUUCGCAUCCCAUCUCAUUGCAGAGGAAGUAGAUUAUUCUAUUUCAGGGCCAGUAUCUAGGAAUGCCAUAGAUGAACUCAUGGCAGCAGGCAAGCUUGAUGAACUUGCUCAGCUGCUUGCAAACGAAAAUGAGGACCAUUUUUCGACUUAG